AUGCUUCCUACUGAUACGAUAUCAUCUUCGUCCAGCACCACAUCAUCUUCUCAACCAAUCUGUAAGUAUUUUACACGAGCCACUAUUAUUGAGGAAAAUGAUCGAUUAAUGAUAGAAAAUGAAUCUUUAAGAAAAGAAAACGAAAUACUAAAAAAUGAGAAAAAAGGUUAUGAUUUAAUACAAGAGGAACUAGAAGCAUUAAAAAAUCCUGGAACUUGCUCAUUAAGACUGGCACUUAAAUAUUCUGCACCUCGACAAACUAAUAAUUCUGAACCAUCCCAGCUACAAAAAAGAAGGAAAACAUUACCAUUCAACCGACUUCUCACUAAUGACGAUUCACUACAUGAACUAAAAUUAAUAGACGAAUUAGCGAAAAAUAAGGCCGAAGCUAUAAAACAAAAAAAAAAAGAAACUCUCCAAAAGAGAGCAAAUUGUGAAAAGGAAAAGGCACAAAAGAAAGUUGAAAGUAUGUAA